AUGUCAAGCUUCGGAGGCCCUUCUCUAGAUACUGGGUGGGAAAAUAUCGAGUGCAGUGGAACUUAUCAGCGAUCAAUUCGCCGCAGACUCAGUCGCCGGCUCUCGUCUUCUGGAUCUUCGCUGGGUUUCAUCGAAGCAGUCCAAAGUGCUAGUAUCAGCAUUGCUAGUGCCAGUGCCAUCUCGCGCUCGCACCGGCAUCAUCGCCUUUCACAUUGCCGGUCGCGGACUGAGCGAAGCAGUCGAGCUUCUCUGUCUGCCCCAAGGUUUUCCGAGGACAGUAUUCCAUUCGAAAAGGUCAGCAUUGAUGUUGCUGCCGUCCAGCGUUCUCUUCGGCGCCGGCAGAUCAUCGAGGAGCUCAUCAAUACGGAGGAGAGUUAUAUCGGUGACAUUCGUUUCCUUAUUCAUACCUACAUCAACCUGCUCGCUGCUCUCCCAACUUUACCUGAGCGGCUACGCUCGUCCAUCAACCAUAAUCUCGAUCAAAUCCUUCAGCUCCAUGAAGAAAUACUCGGCGAACUACAUAGGGUAGUUCCGGAUUCUGAGUACAGCCAAGCUGAUCAUCUUAUCGUAUCCUCCUCGAAAUCAAAUAACCCCAAAACUGGACAUCGCCGAUGGUCAAGUUUAGAUAUGGUCUCAGGAGAACAAGGCAGCCUCCAGUUGCUAGAAAAGGAGCCUGGCGUGUUGUCUGAGCCUCAAGUAGCAGCAGAUGCGGCUAAGAUUUUCAGUAAGAGGAUGCAUCGGUUCUUCAUGUAUCAAGAAUAUGGUGCGAAGUAUGAGAUGAUGAUCAAAGACGCCACUUCAGCUCUAGAAAAUCUCCCCGAAUGGGAGUUACAUCAGAAAGGGCUUGAGGCUUUCGCGUUCACCAUGGAGCCAUCACCAUCGUCCGAUAGCAGAAAGGCUCUAACCAUAGAUGUCCUCUGUCUGGCAUCUGGGGGAAAGUUUGAUCCUAUCUACACGAUUCUGGCCUGUAUCGAUGUUCAUUGUUCAGCUGUUGAAGAUGCUGACAAUGGGCGCGGCUUGCAAUGCCACCUAGCUCCCUUCUCUUGGAAGCUUGUUUUCGAGAGCGAUCAUCAGCUUUACGAGGUGCAACCACUGUGUCUAGAGCCAGUUAGUAGAUCUCCUGGUCUUCAAAUAUUUCUCUCCCUUGACAUUGAAAGUCUGGGCACUGUGUUUGGACGACCUGGAAGUAUCGCGAGGAGUCUGUCGACGCACCAGGCAUCUGUGGGAGUCUACGAGUCGUCCCUGUGCCAUGUCAUUCUCAAGAAUACAAGUACCAUGAAAUCUAGUAGUGGUAUCAACUCUGGAUCCGGCCUCCAUCGUUCACAGUCUUUGUUGUCAACAAAAGUUAGAACGCCAGUUCUGGUACCAUCUCGAAGUGAAAGAGCGCGGCUGGAGGUACUUCUCUCAGACGUCUGGAGCCAAGAUGUUCUUCCCCUUCCUAGCAUGACGAACAUUGCGCGGAAUGAGCAGAUGAUCAGGCGGUCAGCAUCAACCGUGAUGAGAAAGUUGAGUGUAUCCAGCAUGACGAAGAGGUCAGGAAGCUUGUCACGCAGAAUGAUCGAGGACCCAUCGAGUGAAGACCAGACCCGUCAGGCGAGUUUUUCAAGCGAUAGUGGCUUUGACAUCUUUGACAAGGCUGGUCGUGAGGAGAGCUCACACUCCUAUACAAGUAAAGGGUCAGCGCUCCCAGAGACUCGAGAGCUAAGUGAGGAGGAUGAUCAUGUAUCGGACAUGUCUCCGAGGCUGGAGCUCACUCAGAUAUCUGAACUCGAACCUCUCAAUUUGAUUGAGAUUAUUUCAGACAAGCAGCUGCAAAGUGAGGCAGAAAAUACAUCAGCUCUACAAGACUGUAUGACAAACAGACUCCAAAACAAUUCCCCACAAAAUGAUUCCAGAAUCGCAACGCACUCUGUUGCGAAGGAGACCCUGUCUCGCUUGGCCGGUGCUACCGCCGUGAGCACAGAUAUUCCAUGGGUGAAGGAGAAAGGCUCGAAAAACGAAAAGAAGUGCACAGGCAUUCGCAGAUUCUUUCGAUAA